GGCUGUUGCAUACGCGGUCCGGCAGUUCAGUUCACGCAGCGAUCACUAGCGGUAGCGUCCGUCACACUUGCGCGUUGUUUCUUUGAUUGUAACGGCAUUCGAGAUCUUGGAACAAAAACAGUGUGGGAUUAAAUUCUUGAUUUCUUCUGACCUUAGCGAUUAUGCGACCUGACGUUUCUUGAGAUGAAAACCGACCAAAGUAUCAUUAUGGACUCAGAUGGCUCAGUAUCUAUAGGGAAAGGUCUGCUGAUGACUCCCAAAACGGUUGGUUACCAAUACGUCGUAAGCAAACACAAAAGGGCCGGCUCGACUGGGACCACUGGCGAUGAGUCCUACACGACGGACGAAGAAGACAAUGUGGACGACGAGCCAGACUGUUCAAUAAAAGAGCACGUUACUAGCAAACUAUUCGAUAAUCACGAACACGACUUUGCCUACUCCGAUAUUGCCACAAUUGCCGAUAAAGUUGAACAUUUAAGUGUUAUGCAUAGAAAUAGCUCCGAUAGUUCCGUGUACAGUGACUUAGGUUUAGACAAAACGGACGAACUUCACUUGCAAUAUCCGAAUUUAUGUGCAACAAACUGUUAUAAGCGUAAAGACGAUCAGGUGACCUGGACCAGAUCGGCGGCGGAAGUCAAAGAACAAACAUUUGCGAAGUUACAAAAAGAACUUCAGGAAGCCCACCAAGAGCUCAAAUUGCGAGACGAAGAAGUCAACAGGCUUAGCAGGAUACGGCAGGAUGUCGAGACGGAAUUGGAAGAUUUGACGGCUAGCUUGUUUCAGGAGGCCCAUCAUAUGGUUCAGGAGGCGAAAGAAAAGCAGGCGGCAGCCGAAAAGGCGUUAAAGGAAAGUCAAAUGAAAGUGGACGUAUUAACUGCCGAAGUUUCCGCCCUUAAAACCCUUGUUCUUACUUCCACACCUAGUAGACCGAAUCCCCAUCUACACCCCCAAAUUGAUUUAAAAGGAAAAGAAGAAUUAGGUGUGGCUUUGUUUGCAAAAAAACAUAGACGUUCGCCGUCGCAUUACAAUUUGAAAUAUGGGCGUGAAAAUUCUCCACCCGAUUCUCCCGUGCGCGAUUUAUCGCCCCCCGUUUGCUUGGGCACCGAUAUUUUUCCUAAGGAAGGUUUAGAGGUCGACCCCAUUGUUCAUCAAGAAUUCAUUUCGUGGAGAAAUAAUCCCACCUUGGACAAGACGAAUCCGUUUAUAAAAAGGAUUUACACCGAGGAUAUUAACUUAUGUCUUGCGUUUGAUAAUUCAAAGCUGGUGACGAAGGUUGCUGAGGCUGUUGAUUCGGGCACAAUUUUAAUCGAGGCCGUCAGCGAUAAGACUAAAGCAAUGUUUCCAAAAAAGUGCGCCCUUUUGGAAGUGCCCCGGCUGUGUUUUUAUAGAAUGAAUAUCGGGGAACCAGAUGUUUGGUACUCCAUAUCACAAAUUUGUAGAAAUAGGAUUAUUUCAGUCUGUGAUUUUCUUAACUACCUGAAGUACAUCGAACGCGGAUUAGUCAAAAGUUCAGUUCACGAAGUCUAUUGGGAAAUUAUCAGAUUACGAAAAAAUAUGGUUUUAGCGCGAUUAGGGUUAAGUUUGAAUGCCUAAAGUUGUUCAAACUAAAGUUUUUGUGCCAAUUUAAUAUAAACCGAUUCUAUUAGUGAUUAGUAAAUUAAGAUCUGUAUAUGUAACCAAAGAUUUUUGUUAGGGAAUUAAUUUUAGGCGAGUGCAAUCGUACUAUUGAAAAAUUUUAUGAGUGUAAUUGUAAUUUAAAUUAUUUAUUGUAAAGUGCCCAUAUUAUUGUGCAACAGCUGUAAGUUGUCUUCCUAUUUUUAUGUAAUUUUAUUGUUUUAGAGUGUUUGAUGAGAAUGUAUGAGCGUAUGCAAUUUGUAGAAAUAGAAUUUAUAACUUGUAAAAUAUGCAAGAACAAAGUAAACAUAAAUAUCAAUUCGAUUUAAAUAAAUACUUCCAUUAUUCAAUAAUAA